CCUUCCUCCACUCAAGAGGCCGCUGUCGCUGCAGGGGCCCGGAUGUAGCAGCAGACAUCCCCCCCUGCAUUUGGAAUUUGGACGGCGCCGCGUAAGGGUCUCCCCAAGUAGGAAGAGACCAUUUUGGGACUGAAAGGGAGGGGUGACCGUGUGAGAAAGAGAAAGAAACGUUGCGGUGUGCAGGCCGCGGACGAGGCAGUUCUUCCCCGCAAGCUGAGGAGACCGGCGGGCCCGGCUCCAACUCGAGCUCCUGGUCUUUGUUGCGCCGGCGUUUGUUUCCUUUCCCCGCUUGCGGCCUCCGCGUCCAGAGGAUGAGCAACUCGCGGAACAACCGGGUGAUGGUGGAGGGCGUCGGGGCCCGCGUGGUGAGGGGCCCCGACUGGAAGUGGGGCAAGCAGGACGGCGGCGAGGGACACGUCGGCACCGUCCGUAGCUUCGAGAGCCCCGAAGAGGUGGUCGUGGUCUGGGACAACGGCACAGCCGCCAACUACCGCUGCUCGGGGGCCUACGACCUCCGCAUCCUCGACAGCGCGCCCACGGGAAUUAAGCAUGAUGGGACCAUGUGUGAUACUUGCCGCCAACAACCAAUAAUUGGCAUCCGAUGGAAAUGUGCAGAAUGCACAAAUUAUGACUUGUGUACAGUAUGUUAUCAUGGGGAUAAGCAUCACCUGAGACAUCGCUUUUAUAGAAUAACUACCCCAGGAAGUGAAAGGGUACUACUGGAAUCCCGCCGUAAAUCUAAGAAAAUCACUGCAAGGGGAAUCUUCACUGGUGCCAGGGUGGUGCGAGGAGUUGAUUGGCAAUGGGAAGACCAGGAUGGUGGCAAUGGACGUAGGGGAAAGGUAACUGAAAUCCAGGACUGGAGUGCAUCAAGUCCGCACAGUGCAGCAUAUGUUUUGUGGGACAAUGGAGCUAAAAACCUCUACAGAGUUGGCUUUGAGGGCAUGUCAGACCUUAAAUGUGUCCAGGAUGCAAAAGGAGGUUCCUUCUACCGUGAUCACUGUCCAGUGCUUGGUGAACAAAAUGGUAACAGGAAUCCAGGUGGCCUGCAGAUUGGUGAUCUAGUAAACAUUGAUCUUGAUUUAGAAAUUGUUCAGUCUUUGCAGCAUGGCCAUGGAGGAUGGACUGAUGGAAUGUUUGAAACCUUAACUACUACUGGCACAGUUUGUGGCAUAGAUGAAGAUCAUGACAUAGUUGUACAGUACCCAAGUGGAAAUAGGUGGACCUUUAACCCUGCUGUUCUGACCAAAGCAAAUGUGGUCCGAAGUGGAGAUGCUGCUCAAGGGGCUGAAGGUGGCACUUCACAAUUUCAAGUGGGUGAUCUUGUCCAAGUUUGUUAUGACUUAGAAAGAAUCAAGCUACUUCAAAGAGGACACGGUGAAUGGGCUGAAGCAAUGCUUCCUACUUUAGGUAAAGUUGGAAGGGUCCAGCAGAUCUAUUCAGACAGUGAUUUAAAAGUAGAGGUUUGUGGAACUUCUUGGACAUAUAAUCCAGCAGCUGUUUCAAAAGUAGCAUCAGCAGGCUCUGCUAUAAGCAAUGCAUCUGGUGAGAGAUUGUCACAAUUACUGAAGAAACUGUUUGAAACUCAAGAAUCUGGGGAUCUUAAUGAAGAACUGGUUAAAGCAGCAGCUAAUGGGGAUGUAGCCAAAGUGGAAGACUUGCUUAAGAGACCAGAUGUGGAUGUGAAUGGGCAGUGUGCUGGACACACAGCUAUGCAAGCUGCUAGCCAGAAUGGACAUGUUGACAUUUUGAAAUUGCUCCUGAAACAGAAUGUGGAUGUAGAAGCAGAGGACAAAGAUGGAGACAGGGCUGUUCAUCAUGCAGCUUUUGGAGAUGAAGGAGCUGUGAUUGAGGUUUUGCACAGAGGCAGUGCAGAUCUCAAUGCUCGCAAUAAACGUAGACAGACACCCCUCCAUAUUGCUGUUAAUAAGGGUCAUCUUCAGGUGGUAAAGACACUACUAGACUUCGGUUGCCAUCCUAGCCUCCAGGACUCUGAGGGUGAUACACCUCUUCAUGAUGCAAUAAGCAAAAAGCGUGAUGACAUCUUGGCAGUACUUCUAGAAGCUGGAGCAGACGUUACUAUUACAAACAACAAUGGAUUUAAUGCUCUACACCAUGCAGCCCUGAGAGGAAACCCAAGUGCAAUGCGAGUGUUACUUUCCAAGCUCCCGAGACCAUGGAUUGUGGAUGAGAAAAAAGACGAUGGCUAUACUGCUUUACAUUUGGCAGCACUUAAUAAUCAUGUAGAAGUAGCAGAACUCUUGGUGCAUCAGGGAAAUGCUAAUCUGGAUAUUCAGAAUGUAAACCAACAGACUGCGCUGCACCUUGCUGUUGAACGGCAGCAUACCCAAAUAGUGCGGCUCUUGGUCCGUGCAGGUGCUAAACUGGAUAUUCAGGAUAAAGAUGGGGAUACUCCCCUGCAUGAAGCUCUCAGACAUCACACUUUAUCGCAGCUUCGCCAGCUUCAAGAUAUGCAAGAUGUGGGAAAAGUCGAUACAGCUUGGGAGCCAUCAAAGAACACGCUUAUAAUGGGACUGGGUACUCAGGGAGCAGAGAAGAAGAGUGCAGCAUCUAUCGCUUGCUUCCUGGCAGCCAACGGAGCUGAUCUUGGUAUUCGUAAUAAGAAGGGUCAGUCACCGCUUGACCUGUGUCCUGACCCUAGCCUCUGUAAAGCAUUGGCUAAGUGUCACAAAGAGAAAGCGAGUGGCCAAGUUGGCUCCCGUAGUCCUUCUAUGAUCAGCAAUGAUUCAGAAACUUUAGAAGAAUGUAUGGUAUGUUCCGAUAUGAAGAGAGAUACUUUAUUUGGCCCAUGUGGACAUAUUGCUACUUGUUCGCUCUGUUCACCAAGAGUCAAGAAAUGUCUCAUCUGCAAAGAGCAAGUUCAGUCAAGAACAAAGAUUGAAGAAUGUGUGGUGUGCUCAGACAAAAAAGCUGCAGUAUUGUUCCAGCCUUGUGGACACAUGUGUGCUUGUGAAAAUUGUGCCAGCCUAAUGAAAAAAUGUGUGCAGUGUCGAGCAGUGGUAGAGCGAAGAGUGCCUUUUAUUAUGUGCUGUGGUGGGAAAGGUCAAGAAGAUGCUACAGAUGAUAUCUCAAGUGGAAACAUCCCUGUUCUGCAGAAAGACAAGGACAAUACCAAUGUCAAUGCUGAUGUACAGAAAUUGCAGCAGCAAUUGCAGGACAUAAAGGAACAGACCAUGUGCCCUGUAUGUUUGGAUCGUCUGAAGAAUAUGAUCUUUCUCUGUGGCCAUGGAACAUGUCAGCUUUGUGGUGACAGAAUGAGCGAGUGUCCCAUCUGCCGGAAGGCUAUUGAACGAAGAAUCUUAUUGUAUUAAACUAUAAAGUGUCUUCCUUUAGUCUGUCACAUUAUUACUAUAUUUUGCUAUUUGAAUCUCCAUAAGCUUUAGUGGUAGGUAAAGAUUUCAUGAAAAUGUAAUGCUAUGGAGCGUGCUGCAUUUUAAGUGCUGAUAACCACAACACAAACCAGUAUUUGAGUGGUCAGCCACUCUUUACAUCAAGAAAGCUAGCCCAAUUAAGAUUAUUUAACAGCAUAGUUUGUUUUAUAUUGUUUGCCUUUCUCCUUCUCCCUACCCCCUUUAUGUUAAAGGGACAAUCUUGAUUUCCCCUUUUGAUAUUUUAUCUAUAUAUAUAAUAAAAGUCAAUGUUUGUUUGCGAGUAUGUGGCAGCGUUCUGAUUGGCUCCCACUUUCACAGACAACUGUGACCGCCACGAAUGACGGACCUGGCCCAAACUUGGCACACAUAACCCCCAUGACCCAUUUUAUGUCCUGGUGCCGUUUGGGGGAUGAUGGGCCAUGGAGGAUGGGAUUUGCAGUACUUUUAAUUGCUUUGCCUUCCACAGACCACUGCGAUGCCCACCAGUCACGUAACUGGACAAAACUUGGCACGCAGAACUUCCAUGACCCCCUUUAUAUCCUGGGGCAGUUUGGGGAAGGACAGACCAAGAAUUAUGGGACUUCCAGUACCUUCACCCACUUCUAGAGUCCACUGCAACUGCCGCGAAUCACAGAACAGACCCAAACUUGGCACACAUAUCCCAAAUGACACACUUCACAUGCUGCAGCAGUUUGGGGGAGGAUGGACAAAGGAUUAUGGGAUUUUCAGUACCUUCACCCAAAUUGCCUCCCACUGAAAACCCCAUCAGCCACAGAUCUGCACAAAUGGGCCCAUUCAAAAUAUCCAAAACAACUCAAUGCCGCCCCCAAGCUAGUUUUAUAUAUAUAUAUGUGAACUCUUUAUUUCAGCAGUGUUGAUUUUUAUACCGUUGGUUGUUUUUUAUGUAUAAAUAUUUUUAAUUCUCUAUAAAUUGUAUCCAUUGUAAAGUUUUUUUUCUCACAGUAGUAUCAUAUUGAAUUGCAGCAGCAAGCUAAGCCUUGUAGCUAGUUGGAGGAAUAAAAACAAUGAUAUUUCAGUAUUACACGUUGCCUCUAAAAUCUGAAAGCCUAUACUUUUUUGUGCUCCAAGAUAACUUGAAGGAGAACAAGAGUACAAAUAAAUCUGCUCCUAACCAAAGGGGCUGCUAGGUUAAUCACACAUAGUAGCCAUUUCUACUAGAACAGGUGAGCAAUUGUGGCUAUCCAAAUGCUUUUGGACUGCAUAGUCUCCCAGUAGUUGCCUGUGAUGGGCAGGACUGCUGGAAGUUGUGGUAAGAACAUCUGGAAAUUCACCGCCUACCCUUGUCUAGAAUAAGACAGCUGAUAAACUUCUAAAGCAGGGAGACUCGUAACAUGAGGCUGAAUGCAACACAUACUGCUGCUUCUGAUAAUAAAAAGUAACAGUAUGCCAGGCAAAUGCUUCUGUAUACCCAUAGAGCUGUUUGGAUCUCAGAAGUCUUUCAAGUGAUAAAUAAAUCUGAAUGAAGACAUAUAUUGCAGCAUAUAAUAUUAUUUAGAUACUUAGAAUCAUUCUAGCUGUAGUAUUGGAUCCAUACUUAGUGGAGCCGUUGCAGUCAGUGGACUUGUCUGAUAACUCACUCUAGAUUCAUUUAUUUAAAUAGAUGUACUCUAAGUAUGACUAAAUAGGUGUCCAAUCCAUGGGUCAGAAUUACGCUUGAGUGCUGUUCUGCAAUAAGAGAAAAAUAUAGCAAGAAUUUAAAGAACUUGAACAAGAGGCUUUCCUAUAAGAGUAUUCCUGUUUGUUGCAGACUGCACCUUACCCUUGAAUUGUUUUUUUUUUAGUCAAUACUCUUGAACUUCACUGGGACCAUUUUGUUCAUAAUAACUUAAGACAGUCAUUAAUAGGUUGCUGAGUUUUCUUUAAAUUGGGUAAGAUGAGAUAAGAGUUGACUUCAAAGCUUAAUGUAAGUGGACACAGGAGAGCAAUUUGCUCUAACUGUUCCAUGGUAGGCUGUAGAUAGAUAUCUAUAAGUUAAAGCAGCUAUUAAAAAUGAAUGUGUGGCUGAAAAUUUUUUUUUUAUAUUUUUAAUUGGCAGAUAACACCAGUUUUAUAUUUAUUUCCAAUUAAGUUCUUCUAAGCAUUGUGAAGGAAUACACUACAAUAGAUAAAUGAAUUGCCUUUUCUCUAACAAAUGGUUUUAUCCCUGUUUAAAUUUACUUAAUUAAGGGAAUUGCUUGCAGGAACAUUCUGUAUUUGAUGUAUGUGAUUUGUACCAUAGAGAUUUGAGCUUUUUAUUUUUAUUAACUUUUUAAUUUACAAAUAUCUUCAGAACUGGAACACUUUUGAUCAUGUAUUAGGAACGUUGCUCAUAGAUAGAAACAGGUGUGAAGGCAUAUGGUAUUAUCACGUAAAUUGGCAGUAUUCUUCAAUAUUGAAAACCUAGAAUCUUAAAUCUUGACUUCCUGGAGUGUCCAGAUAUUCUCUACUUGCUAUAGCUAAAUGACUAAGGUUGCAGUCCUAUGCAUACCUGGGAAUAAAUCACACUGUGCUUACUAUGAUUUUGUUCUGACAGGUUUGAACUAUGAUACCAAAGCACAUCUGUCUAUAAUUUACGUCAAAAUUAAUGGUUCUUAGAGUUAAGUUUUUAAAAAUGAUACAAGUGGUAAAUGUGUAUUGGAAUGAAAUAUAAAUAUGUCAAAUGUCGAUUCUUAGUCCAGUUUAUAAAAUGAUAAAAUGUAUAAAACAACUCUUGUAAUGAUUGCAUAAUGAAUUGUAUAGUUCCGUUUCAAAACCAAACUAGCCGAUUCCAAUUUGAUAAACUUUUUCCACAGGUAUUUUCCUGGGGGGAAAGGCUUACAUGCAUUGGGUCAAAUCUAACAUAUCAAAUCAAUCUAACACUUAAGAUAGAUUUAUCCAAGCAUUUAGAGUCAAUUUGAUUUUGAAAGCUAAGUUUUUAUAGAUAAGGAAUCACACAGAAAAAAUAAUGUUGUAUAUCAUUGAUGGUGGGUUCCCUUGAUAAAGUAACGUGUGGUGUACUGUGAUAAACCACACAGACAAGAAGGCUGAAUGACAAACUUAUUAAAAUACUUUGUAUCAUCUGUCCCCUUCAAUUUCUGCAAUACUUUGUAAAGCAUGUAGUUCUGUGAACAAAUGACUAGAACUACACACUUACCUCAAAGUAAUUCCCAUUCAACUCAACAAAGCUUACUCUUGCAUAGGCAUGUGUAGGUAACUUCAUGUCUGAAAAGAUGGACGGGAGGUGCCACUCUCAACCUCAUAUCUAGUAUAAGAAAGUAGGACACUCGUUAUGUUAGUACCUCUUAACCUUUUUUGAUGUUUUGAUGAUAUUUUAUACCAUUUUGUUCACCAUGUUUUUGUAACAUCCGUUAGUCAACAGAAAAUGCUACAUUGGUUUUAAUUUUUCUUAAUUUAUUUGAUAUGUAUCUUGUUAAACUUUUAUAGUAUAUGAAGUCAGAUAUGGAGACUUGAAUUUAUACCUUUAUUAAAGUGUAAAUACAAACCUGA